CUAAAACCAAACCAAAUUCAAUUCAUGGUUUGUAGUGACGAAUUGUUGAAUUAGCUAUUAUAUUUAGUGGAAUUCUACGCCUUUAGAUACAAUAAGUGAAUCGAAUAAGUUGUAUUCUAGUAAUAAAUAUCGAUAGAAUAAUGACGGACGUUGCGAAAAAGGUGCAGGAGUACAAAGAUUCUCUCAAGCAGAAGGCCGAGCAUUUAAUAAUAAAAGGCUUCCCCGAGAAGAUAGUGAAGUUGAAUGAACUUCUCGAAACGUCAAAUUUCCAAAAUCGAGAUUUCGCUGAUGUUCAUCAGGACCUAAACAUUCCAGUACCCCCGCCAGCUGCCUCCCAAAAUGAACCACAAGCCAAGAGACCCAGAGUGGACUCCUCAGAGACAUCCAGUCACUCGACCCUCGACGGAACUAGAGUGUAUGCGCUGCCAAAUGGCUCCGUUCCAUGUAACAAGCCUCUCAGCGACCUCAUACAUCUUGUUAAACCACACAUUCGGGAACUCGUUGAAGACUCCAAUUUGUUGAAAAUGUGGAUCUCCUUCAUGAUCCCAAAGAUCGAAGACGGCAACAACUUCGGCGUGUCAAUACAAGAGGACACGUUAGCGGAGAUACAGUCGGUCGAAUCCGAGGCCGCGGCAUUCUUCGACCAGAUCUCGCGGUACUUCAUCUCGAGGGCGAAGAUCGUCUCCAAAGUGGCCAAGUAUCCACAUAUUGAUGACUAUAGAAGAGCUGUUAGAGAACUGGACGAGAAGGAAUACCUGUCCCUGUGGCUGGUGAUGUGCGAGAUCCGCAACCGCUACUGCUCGCUCCACGACAUCGUCAUCAAGAACCUCGAGAAGAUUAAGAAACCACGCUCCUCGAACGCCGAGAGCCUGUACUAAACGUAAAUAGGUGCACACGUUUUGUAUGACGUUUUUUGAACGGUUAUUCAGCGUGUAAUGUUUCCUAUAAUAUUUUGCAACUCCAAAAAAGGGCUGAUUUAGAACGCGCGAUCUCGCAUGCGAUUUUAGUUAUUGCGGACUGUGGAUUACGUCCAAUUUGACCGACCGAUCAAAACCCGCAAUGGUAUGAAACUCGCAUGCGAGUUCUCGCAUCGUCUAUAUCAGCCGAAUGUCAUGAAAGACAAACAUUUUAUUUUGCUCAGAGUAUGAAACAUUCCCUAUAUGUUUUUCUCUGGCUUCAAUAUUUUGCUUACCCCAUCUAACCCUAUGAAACAUGUUUUUGUACAAUGACAUUCCUUCGUGUCAUUUUGUCUCACUCAGUGAGUAAAAUCACAUGUUUUUCUCUGUUUUAUAAGCAGCAAAGUACUCUUGUUCGAGCUGCUGGUCAAAAACAAUUUGCAAAAUUUGCAAUAUGCUAAACUAGUCCAUUCUAAUAUUGUAUAUUGGAAAUCUAAGAAUAAGAAAAUCUAACUGUCAAGUCAAAUUUAAAUGUACCUUAUUUGCAUAAUAAACGCAAUUAUUAUUUUUCUGUUUAAUUACUUUUCUGUAGUGAAAGACGCAACAUGAAUGUUUGGGGUAGUAAUUAAAAAAUGAAUGAAUAAGAUUUUUUUCAGGACAAGUCCCAUAUUAUGUUAGUAGCAACUUAGGUACAUACUAAGAAUGCAACGUCAAUUACAUGAGUAAUCAGAUUUGCAAAAAUCAUACUGUAGGAAACAUUACAUGAUAAUGUAAAAAAAGGGUUAUAUAAAACCAUUUAGUCACAUAAUGUAAUGAUGCAAGAUUUUCAAUCUAAUAUCAAGCCGUCUUAUUUUUUAUUCACUGAUUUGCCUUUCAGUACAAAUUGACAUUAUUUUUACCGCUCAAAACAAUAAUUAUACUUAAUUAACUGUACUAUAAUUAUACAGUAAAAUUCUGGACCCUUUCGCCAAGUAACCAUCCAAAAUUUUGUAAGGGUUGCUCACCCAAGGGGUGUAGAAUACUAUCUCUGUCUGCUGGCUGUAUCUCUUGAACUAAAUACAGUUGAAAUUUUAAGUGAAAAAUAGGGUCCCGAAAUAUGAAUUCGACGAUUUUUUGUGUAGUAUGAUAACAUGAAACCCUCAGUUGUGUAUAACGUGGUUCUACAAAACAAUAAUUAUACACCUACUUAACUUUACUUUAUUUAUAUAGUAAAAUUCUGCACCGAUUUCGGUAAGUAUCCCUUACAAAAUUAUUGCAUAGUUAUCUCUGCAAUAAUUUUAUUAUUGCAAAUGCAAAGAGUUACCUCAACAAUAAUUUUGUAAGGGUUGCUCACCCAAAUGGUGCAGAAUUCUACUAUCUCUUUGUAUGUCUGCUGGCUGUAUUUCUUGAACUUAAUAUAGUUGAAAUUAUGAGUGAAAAAAGGGUCCGUAAAUAUGAAUUCGACGAUUUUUUGUGUUGUAUGAUAAUAUGGAACCCUCAAUUAUAUGUGAUACAAACACUUGGCUGGUUAUUAUAUUUUGGAACGAAACAAUUUUAAACUGUUAAAUCUACCCUUUUAUUUAAUAAAGAAAGGACGCAUAGCACGUGAUAUUUCGUAUAUUGCUGCCCGCGCGCAGUGUCAUUGAACCCCGUCAUCAUCGACGAGACAGCAAUAUAAUUACGCGCGUGCGAUAGAGAUACGAACAGGCGGAGCAAUGUACGAAAUUCCUUGUGCUAUGCGUCCUUUCUUUAGCAAUAGAUUAAUGACAUCAGUAGACUUAUUUCCUUAAGUACGCCAAUAGUCAGACUAACUGCACCUACUUUCAAGCUACAGUAUGGAGGUGCCACUAUAACAUAACAGUCAAAUUGCCAUGAAAAUAUGUGACAAUCCUCACUCUGCCGCUACAAAAUCGGUGCAGAGUUUGCUUAGACGGGCUAAGUAUUUCAAUUAAUGUAAUUUUACUAUGUAUAUAUUAAGAUUCUACCAGAGUGAAUAAAAAAAUAGAUGCUUGUGGUACAGUAGUAAAAUUUGACAAAUUGUCUGUAUUAAUCUUAGUAUUUCUGAUUUCUCGUACCUAUAUAGGUAUGAUCGCUAUAGGCCUAUUCAAUACUUGUACCAGUGACGCUUUAAACCCUAAACCUCUCUAAAUCUUAAGUAGCAUAUUAUAAAAAUCGAAAUAACUACGUAUGUUAUUUUUAGAUCUAUUUUGGGAAAGUGCGUUUAAUAUUUGGAAUUGCUAAAGAUAGUUUUUUUAUUUUGAUCUGCUGAUAAAAAUGUCUAACGGUAAAACCUGUACAUUAUAUUUUAAUUAGAAUGCCUGACCAGGAAUAUAAUUAAAAUCACGCGCCAUGUUGCGAAAAUUCACUGGAACAAUUUUUUACAUACUACACUGUACUAUCACCCUAUACCACAGAAUAAUGAACGAACCGUACCGAAAGGAAACUUCCUACAAAACCGAAGUUUGACAGCGGUUCAGGGUCGAAUCAUGCUGUCCCUUUCUAAUAUAUGGCACUAUCCCUUUCGGCUAUUUAGUUGUCAAAAAUCAAGUGAAUCUUAUCUGUGGUCGUGCACGCCAAAGGAAGUCAAGUGGUGCCAACCCUAAUAAUUGCUCGGAGCAAUGCUGAGUCGAGCGGAGCCGAGUUUGGCCGAAGUCAGGAGUUUCGCACCCUUGCCUAUACAUGAGAAUAACAGCGCCCUCUGAUGUUCAAUUGAUCAUAUAUUACUAGUCAGGCAUUAAGCACCAUCGUCGACAAGGAAAUAUCGAUUUUCGAAGUUUUCCUUUAGUCAUUUUUCACGGAAGAUUUUUUUUUCGAAUAUAUAAACAUCACGUUGUAGGACAUCUUUAGGAUUUUCAUUAACAAACGUUAUUAUUAAACUCAUUACGUAUUUCGUACGUAGUUAUUUUAAUAUUCCAAAUUUUGCUACAUACAACAGUAAAACGCAUCUUCACAAGCCUCCAUACCAUACAUUCGACCCAUCACCUAUUCUGUAAGUUCAAACGUACCGUCGACAUCAAAUAUAUGUAUACAUUUUUCGCCUAAUACCAACGAUAUAAAGCUCAAAAUUGUAUACAUAUUUUUGGGAUCAUUUCCCAUUUUCAUUUGAAGUGCCUGUGUUAUAAAAGGAUUGUAGAGAUCCGAGCACUGACGUGAUAUGUCGAGCCGAUAGUCUCAUUAAUUUAAAUAUGUACCCAAUACCAAUAAAUAUACAUUUCUAAAUAUGUA